ACCGCACAUCACACGAGAAUGAAAAAAGGACAGAAUCAGAAGAAGCAGAACAUUUCUCCGAUCGAGAAGACUUCAAAAUCGUCGGCAUUUUUUCGAAAGCUCAGCCAAAUAAAUGUCAUUCUGCAUGGCAAAUCCGUUGCGUAUCCAAUAAACAAGUUUCACCGCGAGUUACAAGGUGCACUUGCAGAAAGCGUAGAAACGGACAUUUUCAAACAUCUAAAAGAGGUACGGCUCUAUUAAGGUGUAACGAGGGCACGUUUCGCGUGCGUAGGAUAUACGGAGAUGGAAACUGCAUGUUCAGAGCGAUCAGCUACAUUUUGUGGCAAAAUGAGGAAGAGCACCAGUCGCUUCGAACCACGGUUGUGCAACACAUUAAGAACAAUUGGCACGAAUACGGCCCGUUCGUGAUGGCCGAGUGGAACAUUUCGGAUUGUCAAGAGUACUAUGAUUACAUGAGCCCAGUAGGCACAUUCGCCAGCGAGCUAGAGUGCACCGUGGCCACGAAACUCUAUCGCAUGAAUCUCUCGAUCUAUCGCGAACUUGCAGGCAGAUACGAGCUCAAGCUGGUCUUCCAUAAUCGCGUAAACAUCAACUAUGAAACUGCGAGGCUCUUGUUCACCGGAUGCACCGAAAACGGUCACUACGACGUCCUGUUACCCGAUUCAAUGUCAAGUUACUUUUUGGGCGAAUAA